UGACUUAUCCAACUGAAGUAUGUCAGUAUGUGAUUUUGUCGGGCGAAUCAACGGGAGAACGGGUUGGGCAUUUAUUCUAUUUUCCUAUUUUGUUCAGUUUUCUUGCAUUUUCCCUUCAAUUUGAUUCAAUUGGUUUUAUUCGGGUGCAAACUGUGGGUGAAUUAGUGGGACCAGUGGAACAACAUCAUUAUGAAUAAGAGCUGUGCCAGAUGUGAGAAAACGGUUUACCCGACUGAAGAGCUAAAAUGUCUGGAUAAGGUGUGGCAUCGACCGUGUUUUAAAUGCAAGGACUGCGGCAUGGCUUUAAACAUGCGGAAUUACAAAGGUUUCAACAAGGAACCAUAUUGUGAUGCGCAUGUACCGAAAGCUAAGGCGACUACAAUGGCUGAAACUCCCGAACUGAAACGGAUAGCGGAAAAUACGAAAAUCCAAUCAAAUGUUAAAUAUCAUGCGGACUUUGAGAGGAGCAAAGGCAAGUUUACGCAGGUUGCAGACGAUCCGGAAACGUUAAGGAUUAAGCAAAAUACCAAAAUCAUCAGCAAUGUGGCUUACCAUGGAGACCUGCAGCGAAAGGCCGAAAUGGAGCAACGAAGGCAGUUGAAUGAGAAUGGAAAUGCUGAAAACGUGGUCAACACAACCGUGCCCAAAGCUGCUCCUUACCAGGUCCCAGUUAACACUGUUCCAGCGCCACAUCCAGCAGUUGGCAAAAUUUCAGACUAUGAUCCUCAGUCUUCUAAUCAUCAGUUCCAAAGCCCGUAUUCAUCAAGACCAUCACAGACAUUGAUUUACAAUUCCGAAAUCGGAAGCAGCGUCAUGGAACCGGCUCCAAACCGACAAAUUGGAUCAGUCCAUGAUAUGGAUCCAGUGAAUCACAAUUAUGGAUCUCUGGGCGGAAUGGGAAGAGUCUACAGAGCCAUGUACGACUAUGAGGCCCAAGAUGAGGACGAGGUCAGUUUCCAGGACGGAGAUUUAAUUGUCAAUGUCUUCGAGGAAGCUAAUUUUGUAGAAUUAAUUGGCAUUGGUGGAGGUGUAGGCGCCACAUCAGGCCGACUUCCCUUCGUCCUCCCCAUACUGUUCGGGCCGUUUUCGAUGGGAGGCGUUGAAAAACUGCCAUAAAUCGAUAUCGGCGAACACUCACUGUAGCCGAGUUUCCGAUAAAAUUCCUCCUGCCCUUGGGUGGACAAAUAAAUCACACUCAGGUUCAACUUGUCUUUGCAAUACACUUCAGCACGUUGCAUCAGGACGGAGCCAAAUCCUUUCCCUCUAUCAGCCCGGUUGACGACAACACUUUGCACGAAACAGCCACUUUUGA